AUACAGAUGCCCAAACAACAACCACAGCUGAACCAACAACUACAGAUGCCCCAACAACAACCGCAGCUGAAGCAAACACUACAGAUACCCCAACAACAACCACAGCUGAACCAACAACUACAAGUCCCUCAAUAAUAACAACUGCCGGACCAACAGUAACCAUUGGUGAACAAACAACAAAUUCAGAUGUACUAACAACAACCGUAGGUGCAUCAACAACCACUACAGAAGCACCAACAACAAUCACAUCUGAACUAACAUCAACAACAGCUUUCCCUAUGACAAGCACUGCUGUUCCAACGAGAAGUACAGUUACUCAAACAACGACAAAACGGGUGACUUUUAGAUCUGCUGGAGAAACGUUCUCAAUUGAUUUGGGAAAUGCAUCAUCUGAAGCAUUCACUCAUCGAGCUGAACUGUUAAAGUCAACACUUCAACCUCUUUACCAAAACACAUUUGCUUCAUUCAACACCUUGACAGUGGUUUCAUUCAGCAAUGGCUCAAUUAUAAACAACAUGGAUCUUGGAUUUGCAUCAACAUCUCUUCCUAAUAACACUCAAAUUGCAAGUGUUUUGAUUGGAGUGGCUUCUAACAUCACAACCUUUAACAUUGACAUCAAUAACAUUUCUGUGGAUGGAUCACAAGUAUCAGCAACUACAGCUGAACCAACAACAACUACAGCUGCCCCUACAACAACCACGACUGAACCAACAACAAUAAAAACUGCAGCAACAACAAUCACAGCUGCACCAACAUCAACCACAGCAGUCCCUGCAACAUCUACAGCUGCCCCAACAACUGUAGCUGCACUAACAACAACUAAAGUUCCCCCAUCAACCCCAACAGUUGCACUGUCCACCACUACUACCACAACUGUAGCUCCACCACCUGUAUUCAUUCUUACAGCAACUUUGGUUCAACCAUUUGUUCAAGAACUCAAUAAUAAAGAAAGCCAACAGUUUAAGGAACUUGAAAAACAAGUGGUAGUUGUGUAUGAUAUCAUCUACCGGGCUAGAUACGGCUUGCUCUUCAUCCGCAGUUUUGUCAUUGCUUUUAGACCAGCUGUAGCCAGAACACGAUCAGAUAAUACUGAAGCAGAGGUGGGGGUUGAGUUCAAUAAAACGGCAUCAGCUGCUGAAAUCCCAACUACUGAACAGGUUCAAGAAACUUUAGUGCAGGCUGUAACUAAUGUCAGCACAAACUUCAAUAUUACAUUUGAAAGCGACUCUAUUCAAGUAAUACGAACACCUUUUACCAAUUCAACAACUGCAGCGCCCAUAUCAAAUUCUACAGCUACUGCAAAUGAUACUACAGCAACUGCAGCAACAACUACAGCAAUUACAGCUACAACGACAAAUUCUACAGCUACUGCAAAUUCAACUACAGCAAUUACAUCUAUAACUGCUGUGAUAGAUACAUCCACAACUUCUACAACCACCAUAUCUACCACAACUAUUGCAACUACUACAACUGUGGAGGCAAUAACAACAAGACGGGUGACUUUUAGAUCUGCUGGAGAAACAUUCACAAUUGAUUUGGCAAAUCCAUCAUCUCAAGCAUUUACGAAUCGAGCUGAAUUGUUAAAGUCAACACUUAAACCUCUUUACCAAAACACAUUUGCUUCAUUCCGCUCUUUGACAGUGGUGUCAUUCAGCAAUGGCUCAAUCAUCAACAACAUGGAUCUUGGAUUUGCAUCAACAUCUCUUCCUAGUAACACUGAAAUUGCAAAUGUUUUGAUCAAAGCGGCUUCUAACAUCACAGCUUUUAACAUUGACAUCAACAAUAUCUCUGUGGAUGGAUCACAAGUAUCAAGCGGAGUAAGCCACAAGAUCAGUCUCAUUGCUGCAUCCUGCAUGGUGCUGUUGUCAUGGUUACUCUCAAGCCAGCAAUAGCACAUCAGCUGAUGUAGAAAAUAUCAGGAAUUAUCGACUUUUGCUAGAAGAAGAAUUGUGUUGCUAAUACACAUCAUGUAACCCUUAACAGCCCAAACCUUUCUUUGUUUUCUAGCCUGACAGCCCUGGUGUCAAAUCAUUGAAGAAAACUUUUAAGCGCAAAUGAAGGAGAUAUUUUUAUAUAAUUAAAAAUGAAUUAAGCUAUCUGAGCGUUUGUAUACAAAGAAUUAUUAUAUGUACUUAUUUAAAGAAUGAUUGUUUUAUGGUAAUGUAAUCUAUGUAGAAAACUUUUAAGCACAAAUGAAGGAGUUAUAUUUCUAUAAUUAAAAAUUAAUUAAGCUAUCUUAAGGAAGAAUCAUUAUAUGUAUUUAUUUAAAGAAUGAUUGUUUUAUGGUAAUGUAAUUUAUAAUAAUUUAAAUUCAACUUAAAGCUGAGCUUCCAACAGCUUGAUGACACUUUUUUCAUGCAAAUCCUGCAUUGUCACUUAAUGAAUAUUAUGUAAAUGUAAGGUGUCAGAAUGAUUUCAUAUAUGCUAUAAUAUAUUUAAUUAGUUUUCAAUUGUACACAUAUUUAUAUUAUGCAAACACAGUAUUCUGUUACACUUCUUUUAUUUCUGUAUUAAUUUAGUGUACACACUAAGUCAUAAAAAACUGUAAAAGUGCAUGGCACUGCACUGGGGAUCCUAUAAAGUCUCUAAAACAGACAAAACAUUGUUGUUUCUUUCUUUAAGGGGGCGGUCAUGUUUUAUCUGGGAGGGAAAAAAAAUAAUUUAAUAAUGUAAUUCAUAAUAAUUUAAAGUCAGCUUAAAGCUGAGCUCCCAACAAAUUCUUAUGA